CGACAUGGACGCGUACCUUAGUCGUCUCAUGGAUGAUAAUGCCAACCCUGAAGACCUCUUUGACGAUGAGUAUUACCUAUUUGCUGGUGAAGGCUCGGACAUUGAUGACGCAGAACAUGAUGAAGGAGACUUGAGUCAAGAUACCUCUAUGGACAUUGAUCCUCUUGACUAUGUCUACUCGAACCUCCCAGAUAGCACACACAUCCUUAAGCACGCCGUGAACUGCGAGCACUGCAAGGCCAAGAAGUUUGAGUCUGAAUCCCCUAGAUUUUGCUCUCGCAAUGGGAAGAUCGAGCUGAAGGAACUAGAGCCCAACCCAGAGCUAAUGAGGCUUUGGGCCAGCUCGGAUGCAGACUCUAGGCAUUUUUGGGAAAACAUACGGUUCUUCAAUGGCCACUUCUCCUUCACAACCCUCGGAGUCAGCCUUGAUGAAAACUACACAAACAUGAAAUCAGGGGUGUACACUUUCCGGUCGCACGACACCAUCUACCACAACGUUCAUUCCUUCGGCCCAAGCUCCCGUCCAGAGCAUCUCCAGUUGUACUUCCACGACGACGACCCUGAUCUACCGAUCGCAAGGCUGCCACCAAGCAAUUGGACCAAAAUGGCAUUAGGAAGUUAGUGGACAUACUCAGGGAAACCUGUACUCCCAGCAGUUUAAGAGUUUGGGUGUGCAUAGGGACAACCUUGACAAUUAUAGGAUAGACCACAACACCGACCAGAGGCUAGACCAACGAAAAUAUAAUGGACCGGUGUCAUAUAAGGUCCGGCAAUCUGGGUAGAGGGUGAGGGAGUCCUGGAUUAGGGGGUCCUCGGACAGCCGGACUAUAUACUUUGGCCGGACUGUUGGACUAUGAAGAUACAA